UUUUAGAGAAUGAUCUCGUUGGGGGCAGAGAAAAUAGCAAAAAAUGGUCUAAAUCCAAAAAGAACAUUUUCAACUAAUUCUGGUGAUAUUUCAUUGCCUCAACAAUUAUUUGGUUAUUUUUUAUUUUAUUAUUUUUUGUAUACUAUUAUUUCAGCCUCUUCUGUCGGUGCAUUGCUUACAUCACUUCUAGUCACUCCUAUGGAUGUUGUGAAAAUCAGACUUCAAAGCCAAGUUCGGCCUUUGGUUAAGGGUGAAUGCUUUCUUUAUUCUAAUGGUGUGUAUUUAAAUAUACUCACCAGUGCUGGAUAA